GCAGACAGACCGCGCAGCUGUCAUUGUAAGGCUAGCAAGGCUGCCACUGUCACUUCUCCCAGCAGACUCACCAGCAGACGUGGGGGGGUGAUCAUGAGUGGGGCACUUUAGAGUAUGGGACAAGGAAGCGGGGGUGUUGGGUUUAACUAGAUUGGAUUUGACGCUACCCAACUGGAAGCCAAGGGAGACGGAGAUCAAGAGACAGCAGCCUCGUAUCGGAAUAACAAAGAAACUGAUUGUAGACGUGAACAGUUAAUUUCGGUGGAGUUGUUCAAAAAAAUACAGGUGAAAAUCGGGAAAAGGAGCUGAAGAAGCAGGGCCUUCACUUCCAAGAGACAAGUCAAGGGAGCUGCUGCUAAUGCAACAUGAGCUGGUGGGUCUUACCCUAAAAAUACUGGUGUGCAGGAGAGUGGUAGCUACUCGAUUACCUGAUGAUGAACAAUUUAUUUUUCUCAUUUAGAAAACUUUUAGUCACAAACAAAUGUUUUAGAAGUUUGAUUGUAGAAAUUCUUUUAUGAAUUCAUAAUUUUCCACAAAAGAUUCUGACUUUUUUUGUAUCGGAUGGUAAAUAAUUAUACCCAACUUAACUGGUGUUUGUAUAUGAGAGUGUCGUCUCAAAAGGACACAUUUGGACAAUAGAAGAUACACCUGGGAGGUCAGUUCAACCAUGAGGAAAGCUGACGUCCAAAUGUCCCUAAAGAAGGGGGCAGAGGAAGCGGCUGCCCCCUCAAGUCCCAUCAUACCCCCUAAACGGUCCAAAGCAAACCCUGACCAGGUUGUACCAGAGCCUCCGGCCCCUGGACGUCCCUCGCCAACUCCACCCGUUUUUAUUCGUAAAAUGAGGAACUCUGCCGUGGGGACAGGCUGUGACAUCCGUCUGAAGGUGACUGUGGCUGGAGACCCUCAGCCGUCCCUGUACUGGUACCACAACGAUGCGCUUCUCAACAUGGAGAACCAGGAGUACGGAGGACUCUGGAUUAGGGAUUGCAAACCCAGUGAUGCUGGCCUCUACACUUGCAUCGCCAACAAUCACCUUGGAGAGGCUCGGACUAGUGCUGUGCUGGCUGUCCUGGACCUCGGUGAAGAUUCUGAAUCAACAGAUGAUGAGGGCGGAGACCAGCUUGAAACCAAAGGAGACAGUGGAGAUGUUGAAGGCCAGACUGCCCCUACAAUGAUGGAAAGAUGUGGAGAGGAAACUGACAAACCACAUGGACAAGAGUAUUACUCCACCAGGAACCAGUCUGAGGUUUCCAGCACAUCUAUUCCACAAGUUCUUCCCCCACCAUCCCCAAGACUGGUCAAGCGCAUUUCCACCUCUCCUAUGCCAAGUCGCUCUGGUUCAACAACUCCUGUCAGUUCGCGUAAGAAAAUCAUCCUGUCAACUGAAUACCAAGAUACAGUACCUGGAGAGUUUGAAGAAAAAGUUAAACAGCCUAAAGCUGUUUCUCAAACAAACACCACCGACACCCGACCACAAACCCCGCAAAGUGAUUACUCCCGGAAAGACUUUCCUCUCAGGCCUUCGCCAAAGCUUACAAGAGCAAGCUCCAAGGUUUUUGAGAAGGUCCGUGGCUUAGAGGAGAGAAGGCGAAGUCUUGAUCUUCCAGAAGCUUCUGUCUCUGGAAGGUCCUGGGCAGGGUUCAAUCUUGCUGGGUCAGUUGAUUCAGAUGAUGGUGGAAGCCGAUUGGGCAUCUCCAGGGAGAGUUCUAGGGAAGAUCUUAGGGAGGCUUUAAAAGAGGAUGCCGCUGAGCGGAGGUCCAUGUUUCGACAGAGAGCAGCCUCACUGGAGGAUAAACCUCGGUACACCCAAAAAGUACAAGACAUUGAAAACAAGUUCACGGAAGAGCUCCAGCGAAUCAAAAAGCUGGUUGGAAAACCCCAUAUGAAAAAAUCUUUCUCUACUGAACAGCUCACCCUGAAGAGCAAGCAGCGACAACCUUUCAGGAAAAUUGAGCCGAUUCCUCCACAAGUUCUACAUAAGCUUCAAGAGAGGGAGCGUAUGCAGUGGGCAAAGGAGAAGAGAGAAAAGGAAUUAGCUGAGCAACCACAGCAAACACCACAACAAACAAAUCAAUCCCAGUUCCAAAAUACCUCAAAUAUUGGCUCAACAAGUGUAACAUCGAGUAGACAUCUGGAUGCAGCAAGACUUCCGGAGUCAAUGCAGUUGUCAGAUUUACCAGGACAACGGCUAGUGAGAGAAUUACACAGAGUCAGCCCAGUCACGGAAAUCAUUCAGCGAUCGUCUUCUCCAGCAUUUCACCAGCAACAAAGGGAGGGGUCACCAAUUAGAAAUGUUACGGAGAUGACAUUGCGCAAGGUUGAGCGAAGACCACCAAGUCCACUUGUUCAAAGAGUAACACGAAUGCAAGAUCCACAUCUCAUUCAAGAAUCGGCUGUCCAGUCCUCACAAAAGACUGACACUUCAGGGAGAAAGACACCUGUGGAAGUCGCGUUAAGAAAAAUUGAAAACAGACCGGAGAGUCCUCUGGUCCAGAAAAGGACUUUCACUUUGCAGGAUCCUCUUCCUCAGCAACCACCGAAAACCCAGAGGGCAUCAUUGGUUACCCCGACAGAAGAGAAAAUGGAACUGGAGCUAACUAAAGCAAAGGUCCCAAGGAUUGUUGUUGAGGAGGAGAGAAUGGAAGUGGAUGUUCCGGUGAAGACAGCAGAACCCGAGCAGAAAACAACAGUCAAUCAACAACAUCUGAAGACAAAAGGAAAGACCCGACGCACUCGACCGAUGUCCCCAGAGCUAGAUUCUUCAGAUGACUCUUAUGUGUCUGCUGAAGAAGACCCAAUGGAGGCGCCUGUGUUUGAGUUUCCUCUGCAGGACACUGUAGCAUCUGCUGGUGCAGAUGUCUUACUAAAAACUAUAAUCGCUGGAACCCCCAUACCAACUGUUACGUGGACUAAAGAUAACAUCGAUGUCUCAGGCUUUGCAAAUUUUUUAGUAAAGGUGGAGGGUGAACGGCACAGCCUACUCAUUAAAUCUGCAAAAACAAGUGACGCUGGAAAAUACUGUGUCACUGCAGUCAAUCAGGUGGGGAAAGCAUCCUGCUGUGGAACAGUGGUAAUUGAAGUAGGGUCUGUGCAGGAGCCAAAGGGAACCCUGGGUUUACCAAGAGAUAUUAGCAGCCCUAUUACAUCAGAUGAAGAGUAUCUCAGUCCCUUAGAGGAGGCUAUGGAUUUUGGAGUUCAAGAGCCAAGGCGAACUAUUGACUCACGGUUCAGACAACCCCCUGCAUUCAUGGUCACAAUGGCUGAUCAAUCUGUCAUAGAAGGGCAGGAAGUGACCAUGUCUGUUAGAAUAAGCGGACAGCCGAAACCCAUGCUUUAUUGGCUGAGAGACAGAGUGACUGUGAAAACAGGCCCUCGUCACAUAGUGCGUGAGACCACAGAUGGCACCUUUGAAAUGACAAUUAAGUCGGCAACAAGGUCAGACACCGGAAUUUACACCUGCAGGAUUAUUAACGAAUAUGGCACAAAGCAGUGCGAAGCGAGACUGGAGGUCAAAGCCCCACCCAUAGAGCCAAGUCUAGCCAUCGUCCGGCCCGUGAGAGACAUUACCGCCAAAGCUGGAGAGACGGUUUUGUUUGAGUGUCACGUUGUUGGACCAAAAGACACUGAUGUGGAUUGGCUCGCAGAUGGAAAACUGAUCCAGCCAGCACUGCUGAACUGCAAGAUGCACUUUGAUGGAAGGAAGUGCAGGCUGUUGCUCAAUUCUGUCCACGAGGAUGACAGCGGCACAUACAUGUGCAAACUCAGCACAGCCAAAGAGGAAUUGACAUCAUCUGGUAAACUUAAAGUCAUCCCCUCCUUAGAGCCUUUGUUCACUCGUAAGUUAGAUAUUUUGGAAGUGAUUGAGGGGCGAAAUGCUCGAUUCGACUGCAAGAUCAGUGGCACACCACCUCCAAAAGUCAUUUGGAGCCAUUUUGACCAGUCACUCAUAGAAAGUGAAGAUAUUCGCAUUCUUCAAGAGGGUGGACGUCAUUCCCUGGUCCUUUCCCACGUGACCAGCCAGGACGAAGGGUUAUACACUAUCAUAGCUCAAAACUGCCAUGGCGAGGCAGAAAGUUCCUCUGAGUUGUACAUACAGGAACCACGGCCCGCCAUCUCUUCUCAGUUGGCUAAACUUGAGAAGAUGCCAUCUAUCCCAGAGGAGCCAGAGGUCCCAGAGAAUGAGGUGGAACGUUUUACCAUGCCUGACUUCAUCAGACCUCUCUAUGAUCUAGAUGUGAUUGAAGGAAAAGAGGCUGUGCUAAAAUGCAAAGUGGCCGGCUUGCCAUAUCCAACUAUCUCCUGGUUCCACAAUGGGAGAAGGAUUGAAAGCACAGAGGACAGAAAGAUGACACAGUUUCACGACGUCCAUAGUCUGGUCAUCCGUUCUGUGUGUCACGCUCAUGGAGGCGUCUAUAAGAGUGUGAUCUCUAACAAAAUAGGAAAAGCCACCUGCUAUGCUCACCUCUAUGUUACAGACAUCCUUCCUGAUCCUCCUGAUGGCACUCCAGUAAUAGAGUCCAUCACUGGUAAAACCAUCACACUAAGUUGGAAGAAACCAAGAAGAUUAGAUCCUUCUAUUGAUCCUAGUUCCCUGAUGUACGCCAUCCAGCAACAAGCCCUGGGCUCCAUCCAGUGGACAAUCAUAGCCUCUGGCUUGAAGGAAACCAUCUACACCAUCACAACUCUCUCCAAGAGUGUGCGCUACGCUUUCAGGGUCCUGACCAUCACCUCAAAGGCAUUCAGUAAACCCUCACCAGCCACUGACCCUGUCCAGCUUUUAGAUCGAGGUCCGUACCUUCAGGAGGCUCCAGUGAUUGUUGACAAACCAGAUGUAGUGUAUGUGAUUGAAAACCAGUCGGUUACUAUCUCCAUAAAUAUCAAUCAUGUCAACGCCACUGUUACGUGGAAGAGGAAAGGCGUGACCCUGGCCAACAAGCCGAGCCUGUAUGAGAUGACAAUGCCGGAUGAUGACCAGCACACGCUUAAGCUGCUGAAAGUGAAGAGUACUGAUGUGGGAGAGAUGACAUUUGUGGCCUCCAACGAGUAUGGAAGUGACAGCUGCACUUUCAUUGUGGAGAUGGCAGCUCCACCGACAUUUGAAACCAUCAUGGAGGACUUGGACGUCUGCUCAGGGGAGACUCCUCGCUUUGCAGUAGUUGUGGAGGGAAAACCCAUUCCUGACAUCCUGUGGUUUAAGGGUGAUAACUUGCUCUCGGAGAGCAGUCAUUACACUUUUGUGUAUGAUGAUAAUGAAUGUUCCCUGGUGGUUCUGAAUGCUCAUCCUGAGGACUCCGGAGUCUACACGUGCACCGCUCGAAACUUGGCAGGGUCUGUGUCAUGUAAAGCAGAACUCACAGUUCAUGAAGCUAGACACAAAGAGGACUCAAUGGAAGAUGAAGAAAGUAUUCUAAGAAAGAUGCGACGACUGACGGACUACUAUGACAUCCACAAGGAAAUUGGAAGGGGUGCAUUUUCUUACGUGAAGCGUGUGACCCAUAAGGGGAGCAAGAUGGAAUACGUUGCAAAGUUUAUCUCCACCCGGGCCAAGAAGAAGACAUCAUCUCUGAGAGAGAUGAACCUGCUCUCCAGACUCGAUCAUGAGAGAGUCAUUUACUUUCAAGAUGCGUUUGAGAAGAAGAAUGCCGUCAUCAUUAUCACAGAAAAAUGUCACGAGGAGCUGUUUGACAGAUUUAUCCGGAAAUCUGCUAUUUUGGAAUCUGAUGUACGAUCAAGCAUAAGACAGCUGCUUGAAGGUCUAGACUACCUUCAUCAUCAGAACAUCAUACAUCUGGACAUAAAGCCUGAAAACAUCCUCAUGGCAGACCCUCAUAGCGAUCAGAUUAGAAUCUGUGAUUUUGGCAAUGCGGUGGAGAUUAAACCCGAUGAGGCCCAGUAUUGCAAAUAUGGCACACCAGAAUUUGUUGCCCCGGAAAUCGUCAAUCAGUCCCCUGUUUCAAAGGCAACAGAUAUAUGGCCUGUAGGAGUUAUAUCCUAUUUGUGUUUGACAGGAAUAUCCCCCUUUGCUGGAGAGAAUGACCGUAGUUCAGUAUUGAAUAUUAGGAACUACAACGUGGCAUUUGAGGAGACCAUGUUUGCUGAUCUAUGCCGAGAGGCUAAAGGAUUCAUCAUUAAGCUGCUGGUAGCAGACAGACUGAGACCUGAUUCUCAAGAUUGUCUCAGACACCCCUGGUUUAAGAUGCUUAGCAAAGGAAAGGCCAUUAGUACAGAGGCUUUAAAAAAGUUUGUGUCUCGGAGAAAAUGGCAGCGAUCAAUAAUCAGCUAUAAAUCAAAAAUGGUAAUGCGAUCCAUCCCAGAAUUGUUGAAUGACUCCUCCAGCCAUGUCUCCAUUGCAGUUCCAAGACAGCUCAAAGACAGUUCAGCUUUGCCAUCGUCAUCAUCGGAUUCAGAUGAAGACAUUGAUGAACUGCCUUUCAUCCCUAUGCCAGUCAACAUGGAAUUCUCCAGAUCAUGGAUGUCGUUGACUGACAUUCAGAGCAAUGAGGGAGAAACUGGGAAGCCAGAUGGAACAAGUAAGCGGUCUGAAUCUUCCGGUCAAGCCCACGAAGCAAUGGAGUGUGACUCUGAAGUAAUAGAUAAAAAAAGUCUUGAAGUUUCAUGCAAAGAUCCGCCUUGGAAAAGACCAACUCAAGAGAAAGAAGAUCGUCCUUUAAAUCAUGAAACAAAUUUGCCAGAAAAGCGAGAACAAGCUAGAAAACCUCUAAAAAGAGGUUCAAGUGUGGAAUCUGACAAAGCAGAAGGAGGACGAAGAAAAGGAGAGUUAAGACGCGGGGGUUCAGCUGACAGUGCGUUGAUGCUUCGGAUUCCUGCUGAGGAGGGAACCGAGGCAGAAAACCGGGAAGAUGGGCGAAGAGUUCUGAAGAAAGCGGUUUCUAUGGAAUUACCAAGGAGGAGCACCAGCCCAGGAACUGCUAAGAUGAGUCAAGAAGAUUAUGCUCUUAAGCUCGAGCUGAUGAGACAAAGACUGCUUCGUGGUGGCUCUGUUGACAACAAAAUGAGUGGGCUAAGAGGACCUCUGUUGGAAACAUUAGGAAUGGGAGAUGAAAAACGAGUCGUGUCAUCUCGCACCGCUCGACUCGGUCCACCUCCACUAACUAGAGCUGCAUCUAGUGAUUUCCCGAGAGAUGACGUGCCCAAACCGAAGAUUUUACGCAAAAGUACUUCUUUCAGUCAAGGAGACUCAGAGCCCAUACCUUUACAUCGGCGGUCUGGAGCUCCUUUGGAGAUUCCUGUGACUCAGGUAGAGGAGAGAAAGCUCAAGGAAGCCAUAUCUAUGUCAGCUUUAACAGAGCAAAUCAAAUUUGACUCUCGUCCUGUGACGCCCAGAGAUCCUUCACCCAAACCGCCAACUCCUGAGUCGGUAGUGCGGGAAAGUCCCACAAAAACAGAGAGUGAUGACUAUCUAAUGGAGAAAGAAAUGAAGACUGAUGAAAGCAUGAAUGAAAAGAUGGAUGGACUGACGACUGAAAGUAAUUUUGAUGAGAGGUCUAGUACAAGUGGGUUUUCAGAGAGGGACAUGAGUAUUUCUGAGGAACCAAUUAAUGAAUCAGAGUAUAUGGGUCCAAGAAUCCCUACACCACCCCCUGUAGGUCAAAGCACUGUGGAGAAAAUGGAAGAGAUGGAAGAAGGAGAAAAGAAGCAAGAAAUGGAAGAAGGGAUAAGAAAAGAUGAAAGAAAUCAAAAUGUUGAUUCAAGCCAUGAAGAAACUACAAAAGUUGUUGUGAUGGAUUCAGAAAACAAAAUGGACAUACCAGUAAAAACUGGUGAGAUGAGUAUAACCACAAGUUCAGUCUUUGUGAGACCAACCCAGGAGUAUUUUCACAGUCCGGGACAAGUUGCCUCAACUCAUGUAACACCUUCAGUUCCUGCACGAGUAGUUCUUCCAGAUGGAAGAAUGUCAGCCUAUGCUAGUAUAAUGCAGACCAUCAUGGUCCCAGCUGUUAAUGAACCAACCUCAGGACCAUCAACACCCGUUGCUCCAUCCACUACAUUAUCUUCAGUGUCCCCCGAGGCGUCUUCACAAGUGAGUGUUUCCUCUCAUAUGCCUGUUUCACUAAACCCAGUCGUCAUAUCAACCACUGAGCACCCUGCAGUAUACUCCAGAGUGGCAUCUCCAGAAGUGCUGCUGAAAGAACCCACUCCACCAAAGACUUUAGCGCAAUCGUCGCCCCAACAGGAAGUCUCAGCAGGAACUGAAUUCGAAGACAUUACAUCAGAGGAAGUUUUUGAGGCUAGAUUCAAGAAACGUGAAUCCUCCCUCUCAAGAAGUCUGAAAUUUCUGUCACGUUCCAAAAAUGACGACAAAUCUCAACCUGUUCCUCCAGACUCUGGAGAGACACAUGAAGAGAUAUAUAGACCGAGGCCAGUCGGUGCGCCAUUGGAAUUUGCCCCAAGGAGAUUUGAGAAGUCCAAGUCAGUCCAGGAUCUACGUGAAGCUCAAAAAGACCAAGGUUUCAUGAGAAGGCUCUCAAUGCGCUUGAAAAGAACUCCAUCAACAGAGCGGAAGGACGACCUACCAAAGGCAGAUGAUUCAGCUGCUUCCAGCCGCAGACUUUCUUGGACUCUUGGCAGAAGAGGGUCUCAGGAAAAGAAGGAAGGUGACACAAUGCAAGUAGAUGACCAGGAUCAAAAGGAAGUCAAGAAACCAAGUGAGUCUCCUGUCUUGGCAAUGCGCAGAAAGAUUGAAUCUACAGUGGCUGGGAUCUCUACAAGAAUUCGCAGCUAUUCUGAGGAAAGGAGAACAUCAGAGGAAAAGGAAACUAAGAGAACGCCCAUUUUUUCAAUGCUUCGACGUUCCACAUCAGAGAGCAGAGCCAUGAAGGUUCCUCUUGUUCCCCAGAACCAACUGGCAUCUCAGGCCCAGAAUGGUGCGUCAUCGGAAUCUCUAGACUCUAUGUCGAGCCUGAAGUCAGACACUUCGAAGGGUGUGGAAGGUGAGCGCAGAUCCCGCUGGGACCGUUGGGGCCUGACAAGAGGGAGGCGAGACAAGACAAUUUCACAGCCAGACAUACCGACAGCCAUCUACACGGACAAUAGUGCCAUGCGCUCAAACCAGUACUCCAAACUUGCUUCUGAUUUCCCUCCAGUUUUCCAUAUCAAGUUGAGAGACCAUGUCCUGCUGGAGGGGGAUCCCGUGACACUCAGCUGUCUUCCAGCAGGAAGCCCCCACCCACACAUCAGCUGGCAGAAAGACAAAAAGCCAUUGGAGAUUGAUGCCAGGAUGAACAUGAUCUCCUGCCCUGACGGCCGGCAGCUCCUCAUGAUCAUGCAGACAACCAAAAAAGAUGCAGGAGUUUAUGAAUGUGUUGCUACCAACCCUCUGGCCUCAGUGUCCAGCUCAUGUACAAUCUCUCUUGCUCGUCUACCCAAUCGGCCCGGGACUCCCGAGAUUCCACAGAAGUAUAACAACACAGCGUUGGUAUUGUGGAGGCCUUCUGACACAAUGGCGCCUUGCACUUAUUCUCUGGAGAGGAAAGCCGAGGGUGAUAACAACUGGCUGAUUGUUGCCACUGGAGUUGCAGAUUGUUAUUACAAUGUGACCGACCUGCCAGCAGGGGGCUCCUUCAGGUUUAGGGUGGCCUGUGUCAACAAAGCUGGCCAAGGCCCUUACAGUAACCUGUCAGAGGUGGUGCAUUUGGAUUCUCUAGAACCACCUAAAACUAGCUCAGCAGUGGUGGUGAAGACUGCUCCUGCAGCAGCUUCAGCUCCCCCAGUGGUGAUGAUGUCAUCCAUGAAAGUCCCCCCCAUGAAGCCCGCUCCUCCCAAAUCCACUACAGUAACAAAUGUCCAGCCAGUCCCUCCACCAUCGUCAGUUCCAGUAAUAUCUGUGUCUAAACCUGCUUCUCCAGAGACCAUCAAACCUGCUGUGCAGGUAGCUGUCAGCCAACCACCUGUGACUCUGUCUGUUAGCACAAUCUCCACUCAACAAGCUCCUGUCCAGACCACAACGUCUGCUCAGAUCACACCACCCAAAGCCAAGACCACUAUUAGCAUCAGCGUAAGCAAGCCCCAACUGAAACCUCCCCCUAUUGUUCCACCAAAACCCCAAAGUCCAAUUCAUGCAUUCCCAUCAGUUACACACAGUCCUCCGUCCCCUGAACCCUCACCAGCUCCUGCCAUUGGGAAACCUAUUUCGUCUCUCCCAAUGUACGUUCCCACUGCAACAUCUCAUGUGACGCCCCCGCCUCCAGCUGUUUCCCCGAAAACUCCAACGACAACAGCCCCUGCAGUCGCACCAGUGACCAUUUCCCCACCUGUUGUGGUGGUGCAGAGCCUGACGCCAGUUGUGCUGGGAGGAGAUAGCCGCAGCCCCUCAUCGGGACGUGUCACCCCAACAGGACGGGUCACGCCCUCUGGACGUAGAACACCACUGGGAAAGCCUGGGGAUGGUUCCCUGCGCCAGGGAGUUCCACAGAAACCGUACACGUUUAUGGAUGAGAAAGCAAGGGGUCGGUUUGGCGUGAUCCGGGAAUGUCGUGAAAAUGCCACGGGCAACCUCUUUUUGGCAAAGAUUGUGCCAUACGAGGCAGACAACAAGCAGGCGGUGCUUCAGGAAUACGACAUCCUAAAGUCACUCCAUCAUGACCGAAUCAUGGCCCUACAUGAGGCGUAUGUUACGCCACGCUACCUGGUGCUCAUCUCUGAAUACUGCAGUGGGAAGGAGCUUCUCUACAGUCUCACAGAAAGGUUCCGGUACUCUGAGGAUGAUGUGGUGACUUAUAUCGUGCAAGUCCUGCAGGGUCUGGACUAUCUUCAUACGCGGCGCAUCCUGCACCUGGAUAUCAAGCCAGAAAAUAUCAUAGUCACCCACAUGAACAUCAUCAAGAUUAUUGACUUUGGAAGCUCUCAGACGUACAACCCUCUCUUCCUCAAGCAGUUUAGUCCGCCUAUUGGAACACUGGAGUACAUGUCUCCAGAGAUGUUAAAAGGAGAUGUUGUGGGCCCUCCAGCUGACAUAUGGAGUUUAGGCGUGGUGACUUUUAUCAUGUUGAGCGGCAGGUUGCCUUUCAUGGAAAUGAAUCCUCAGGAGACUGAAGCUAAAAUCCUGGCAGCAAAGCUUGACCUCUCUAAACUCUACCAGAAUGUGUCCCAAAGUGCCUCCCUGUUCUUGAAAAAGAUCCUCUGUAGCUAUCCUUGGGCUCGUCCAUCCAUCAAGGACUGCUUCAAUAACUCCUGGCUGCAAGACGCAUACCUGAUGCGCCUUCGUAGGCAGACCCUCACUUUUACGACAACCCUUCUCAAGGAAUUCCUGGCCGAGCACCAGCGCAAGCGAGAGAAGGAGGCCACCAAGCAUAAGGUCUUACUGCGAUCCUACCAGAGCUCCCCACAAACUCCCACCAGCACCAUCACGCCAACUGUGCCAACAACGCCCUCGGCUCUUGUCACCCAAUAAAAUGGGCUUCCAAUCUUAACAGGCAGGACUUUAAGGGGACAACCCUCCUCAGACUGGGACAAGACUAGAGGUGUUGGUGGUCUCAUCAGAUCUGAGUUGUUGAACUUGUUCAGAGGAGUUUUACUCAUAAAACGGUGGGAGUCAUCAACAAAGACAACAUGAACUGUCUUUUUGUUUCAAACAAGAUUCCAAAAAAAGGUUUUUGGACAUACGGGAAUUUCGAUGAUAAAGCUGCAAAAGCUUUGACCUUAUUUUAUACCGUUGAGACUUCUUCCUGCACUGGAUGAUGCUGUCUUUGGCUUUGUACCUCAAAAUGCGUAACUUUUACAGAAGUUUUUACACAAACCAGUUUUUUUCUCAGAAAAAAAAUACCUCUACAGUGACUGCAGGCAAUUCUAUGAGUGUAACAACCUACCAUGCAAGGCUUUAAAGUGGCUGUUAUGAAUGAUCCCAGAAACAAGAAGUUAUUUGUUGAUAGAAAGUACAAUCAGUAGAUAAAAAAAUUCAAAAUAAGCAUAACAACUUUAAAACAGCACAGCCAAAGGAAAGUUGUAAAAUGACUGUUUAAAAUUCAAACUUUAAUGCGGUGAUAAGACAAAUGAAUUUAACUGCCAUUUUUAAUGAAGAUUCACAAAUUAAUAGCAUUCUAAAGAAGUAAACAUUGUUUUCAGGAAAAUAGUUUUUUAUCGUGUGUAGCAACUUUUGUGAUGGUUGAGAUUGUAGCAGCUCCAGAAAGGAAUUUUCAACCAAUGUUUUUUUAUGGGUCAAGGAUGCAUCACUCACUUCUCUUGAAGGGCUCCUUGAUCAGAACAGUAGUCCAGAUUUUUGAUCAUAUAGAUGCUCACUCUUAAACUUAGAUAAAGAGGCUAUUUCCAAUGUGCACAAGGGCUCCCAUUCCUCUAUUGCAAAAAUUAUUUUUAAAAAAAUGUCAAACUGCUUCCAAGUUUCCACUGUAAUCAGGCCAUUGUUUUAACUUUUUUGGCAACAUUUUGGAGACGAUGUCAGGAAUGCAGGGCGUUAGAUUGCACAGUGGUUAGCACUCUUGCCUCACAGCGAGAAGGCCCUGGUUCAAAUCCUGGCAGGGACCUUCCAGUCUGGAGUUUUUAUGUUCUCCCCGUGGAUGCGUGUCUCCCACGUGUUAAUUGGUGACUCUAAAUGGCCCUUAGAUGUGCAUGUGAUUGUGAGAUUGGCAACCAGAUCAUGGUGUAUCCCACCUUCGCCCAACAGUAGGUGGGUUGGCCCCAGCAGUCCCGUGACGCCAAAAGGGAUUCUGGAUGGAGCCAUGCACAAAGAAGAUGCAAUGUAAAUGUUAGAAGGUUUUGGAAAGUCUAUAGGUGCCUUUAGGGCACAGCAGUCAGCCUAACGCCAGGUUCACACCAGACUCGGAAGCGCUGCAAAGCAGUGUGCGCGCGGUAUCCGUUUCACCUCCAGUUCACACCAGACUUUU